UAAGCAGCCGCGCAUAAGUAUUACUGCGGAAAAAAACAUUGAUCAUAAAAGAAGUUGAAAAAGAAAAAGUUUCAAAAAAUAUUAAUAUUAAUGUAUUAAACGCAGGAAGCUUCGAACUUGUACCUUUGAAGAUAUUGACGAAGCAAUGCCGAAAUGGGUAUACGCGGCAUAUGGUAGGAAUCUUCCUCUAUCUUCAUUAAUACUGAGAGAAAAAGCAAAACAAUUCGUUGAAGCAUUGGGCCACGGAGAAUUUGAACCAAGUAUAGGCUGGCUUGAAAAAUUUAAAAAUCGUUCCGGGAUUGUUCAAAAAAAAAAAAAACAUUCAAACUCCAGAUGAAUGGGUAACGAAGGUCUUGCCAAAAUUGUUAGAAAAAUAUGACGAAAUCGACAUCUUUAACGCCUGUGAGACGGGUUUGUUUUUUAAGUGCUUACCAAAUAAACGAUGGCGUUUAAAAAUGAGAAGUGCUUUGGGGGGAAAAAGAGGAAAGAGAGGAUUACUUUUAUGGUGGCCUGCAAUAUGACCGGUUUGGAGAAAGUUAAAUUGCUUUUUAUAUGAAAGGCCAAAAAUCCGAGAUGCUUCAAAGAAAUCAAAUCUCCGGACGUGCAUUAUGAAUUUAAUAAGAAAGCAUCGAUGACAAACAUGAUUUUCUUGAAAUGGCUUUUGAAAUUGGACAGAAAGUUUGCUUCUCAAUAAAGAAAUGAUUUGCUUUUGUUGACAACUGCGCUGCGCACUCUAGGGAUGUAAAGGACCAAUUGAAAAAUAUUGAAAUUGCUUAUUUCCCACUCAACGUGACUUCGUUACUUCAGCCAAUGGAUCAGAGCAUAAUUUGUAACAUUAAAACGCAUUUUGACAAAUAUUUGUCACAAAUGGAGGAGAAAAAACCUCCCACGCGCACAAAUUUGCUGGAUGCCGUAAGAAACUUAAGUAAAAUGUGGGAUGUUAAAGAAAAAUCCGAGACAAUUGUAAACUGUUUUAGAAAAGCAGGAUUUGUAAAAGUUGGCACCACAACGAACAACAGUAUGCCUUGGCACGAAGAAAACUAUCUUCUACUAUCCCACUUCGCCUUUUUAGAGUCUUCAUUUGAAAGAGUUGCUAAUAUUAAUGCAACAUUUAAAUACUACAACAAUGUUGACUGUGAUGUCAUUACCACAGACAACCCUUCCGACGAAAAUAUCAUCGAAAGUGCUCAAGGAAGUUUUGGAGCACCAGCUAUCUCAGAUUCAGAUGGACAACUUUCUUCAUCUUCAUCAUUUCAAGGAAAUGAAAACCAAUGCCAAAUACUGUGUUUACUUCAUUAAAUGUAUUAGAAAAUUAAAAUA